CUCCGCGGUUAUCGUGGCCAAAAUAAUUCACGAUAACGAUAUUAUCGCGAUAUCUAUAGAAAAUGUUAACAAAAUAAUAAUAAUGCUAUCUGUCAAAUUCAUUAGUUUAUUGUGCAUUUUGUGUCUAGCGUACACAAAUAACUACAAACCUGUUGUCUUCUUGGGAUUUUGUAUUUUGGAGCAACUGUUGUCAUCAGUGCUUUAAGCCCUGGCCUGAUUUAGUGAUGGCUUCAUUCUGACACGCACUAUCCAUGUCUACUUUCCUUUCCUUAAUCAUUGACUCAAACACCGUUAGCUGACCUGAAUCCCUGGCUCUGUGUCGCUUCUUUGAAGCUGCGGCUGCCUAACAAAUAACCAGGGGACGAGAGAAGUAGUCCAACGCCGUGAUAACUAAGCUUUAACACAACCAAGACCGCAAUGUAGCAUUUACCGUCUCUGGGCUAGCAAGCUAACUGCAGCUUACUCUCUGUACCGUGGAGAAGUCUGCAGGGUGAUGGACGUGAAGACAGACAGACAUGUCUCUGCUGACAGACGACACUGGGGGGGUCAGGUCGGCCAUGAUCGAGCCAAGCACUCUGCCAUGGGCUGGAGACAGACAGACAGGUGAGGGAAAGACAGGUGAGAAACAGAGAGCUGAGAGACCGACAGGUGAGGCGGUGAGCUGGACUGAGAGUGAGAGAGGGGGGGGUGAGGAGAAUCAGCUGCCGGAGAGAGCAGCUCAGGUGUUCAGUCCUGCUGUCACUGUGCUGAGAGACACUGAGGCAUACUGGGAAACGCAGUCGGAGAAAAGCCUUUUCCUUGGCCCCCGAGGAGGCCUACAGGACUACAACCAACAUGGUUUCCAGUACGAGUGGACAGAGGACACGCCCCCUAACAAAUGUGGAGGGUGCAGGGACGUGCUGAAGCUGUCUGUCUCUCUGGGGACGUCGGCGCUUUUCUUCCCACUUUUAGUGUGGGGGGGGUUUGUCUUCCUGCCGUUUGACGCCCCUCUGCUGGAUGGCCCCCCCCUCAGAGUCGUCUACACCCUGAGGUGCUCUGUGUUCAGCUGCCUGCCUGUAGUACUGGGUUGGGUGGUGCUGGGUGUCAGUCGCCUCAGGUCGUCUGUGAUUGGCCCUCACUUUGAUGACGAGGUGAAGGGGGCGGGCCUUCCUGAGGUCUUGGUGCACCGCCGAUUCGUCUCUGACUCCGCCUCCCUGUUCCUGAUUUAUUUCCUGAACCUUUCCGUUAUGGCAGUGUACCUGAACCAGGAGCAGCUGAAGCUGGUCCCCCUGCUGACAGUGGUCUUCGCCUUUGGGAGGCUGGUGUACUGGGUGGCGGCAGCAUUCGGCAGCAGUAUCCGGGGUUUCGGUUUCGGUCUCUCCUUCCUGCCGAGCCUUGCCAUGACGGUCGCCAACAUCUGCUUCCUGUUCACGGUGGAGGCGGGGGGGUCGGUAUUCAGUGUCCCAGCCCCCCCUCAGGAGGCGCUGACUCCACCCGCAGGCCGGCAGCGGUUCUGGGGCUGAUCCGACGCCCAGAUGUUUUUAGGCUUUGCUUUUUUUAUAGAACGAAACUUUAUUUAAAGGUUUCUGUGUUGAUAAAGUUUUAUUCUGAAAUGUUCGAACAUGUAACCCCCCCUUUUGUUGAAUUAUUUUUUUAUAGAACUCAGUUUGUUUGAUUAUUUCCAUUUCAUUUAAAUAUUUGAUUUUCACAAUAAAAACCUUUUUUUAUAAUAACUUUUCCCAUUUCACAACAAAAGUGUAACGUCAUUUCAGUGUUUUUAAGUUUUACAGUAGUCUUUCCACAGACAUAAAUGGACGUCUCUAUAUGUUCAGACUUCAUGUUGUCGGCACACGGAGGAACUGGUCCGACUGAAACCCAACACCUGCACACAGGAAGUGCUGAUGGCCAGGCGUCAAAAUAAAAGCACCAAGAAGUUUCAAUUUA